AUGGAGACUGUAAUCUUGGACGAUUCUCCCAUCGCUCAAUUCCUGGAAGGGGAAGGUCAAGGUGACCUCGAACUCUCUUCCUCAGCACCACUGUCCGCAUCGCCUCCGUCGAAUACACGAAGCUUCGCGCCACUGGGUCCGUCGACCCUACAAAACAGGAUACGAGGUCGAUUGCCCCGACCCCUGAAGAUACCCUCCACCUCGAACGGGCCCAUUGCGCGCAUACAUAGCGCGUGCUCAAAAGCGGUGAACUCCCGACUCGGAAAGGCGGAUAAUCGACGUUUUCUCGAACAUUUCAGAUACCUUAUUGUCGCUUCCCAGCUCCUGAACGAGCAGAGCGGCCUACGCGCUUCGACACUUCCAAGCUUCGCCUCCGAUGCGACAAAUCCACCACAUCCAUUCAGGGAUGGUAGUAUCAGUGUAACUGGUGCUGCUAUAACUGCUGCGACCGCGUUCACACUUGUUUGGCUUAUUCACUGGUCUCGCAGUCGGCCGAAUGGGUUGAGUAGAGGGAGAACAACCCUAGUCAUAUUCAUCUUCGCAGCUGUUGCUGCUCUGUGUUAUGGCUACGUCCGUCGCCAAUGGCUGCAAUACCUACGCCAACAAGCUGUGCAAGGGGUAUCGGCGCUAGUUACCAAUCUGCAGGCGUUCGAAUCUUCGUCAUCCUCUGCUUUAGCAUUGAUUCAAGAGGUCGAGCUAGUUUCAAGGGGUUAUAGACUUAGCAGUCCUCUGCCUCCGAUAUCCCGCUUAGAAGAGCAAGGCCAAACUCGCCGCUGCCAACGCCUGCGGCGCAGCUUGAGGACGGCGUUUUCUGAGAUCAUGCCGAUUCUCCUUUCUCAGUGCGAGUCCCUGAAACCACUCGUUCAAGAGGAUGACCUGGAGAAAUUCCUUGACGUUUACGAAAUUACCAACCCAGAUCUGCAGGAGGCAUCUCUUGGCUAUUCGGAUUCAGAGUUCGAAGAUGCAGAAACACUCAAGGCUCUUCGCACCCUACAGUAUCGGCUUUCGACCCUACGGCGAGUGUAUCUAUGCUCUCUUCUGGCAUUAGAGGCCGAUGGAGGAAAGCCGGACUUUGCACGAUGGGGUUUGACAGUAGACUCAAUGUCGUUCGUGGCAGCGGCAGCAGGUACAUGGAGCGAAAAGAUCAAUCGCAUAUUAGGGGAGGAUGAACAGUUUGUGUUGCCCUCACCCAAACGGGCCCAGCCCACACCAGGCCGAGAACGGCUACGCAACUCCGUUCGCAAGCUGGGAACUUUGUCUCAAGGCAUCCGUGGCCUUCAGGCGAAGAUGCAAAUUCUGCGGGAGGAGUCGAAUAAGAUCUUAGAAGAAUCCGAAGAUGUAACGGACUUAGGUGCCCAUCUCAUGGCCCAGUACGAGUCGGUUGGAGCCGAUCUCAAGAGCCUGCUGCAAGCAUGGGAGACUGGUAAGAAUGCGCUUGCUGUGAACAUCGACCGGCAUGAACGUAGAGUCUCCCAGGCUUCCAGUGGGUUACGCUCUCCUGUGCCCAGUCUUGGGGGGCUUACCGCGGUUGAUGAGGGGAGUCCAGCGGACGCUCUUCGGGCCCUGAAUGGCGAGCUUCAUAGCCCCCGACAGUCUUCACCUUCGAGUAUGGAAGGUAACAAUUCAGACAAUGAGGUAUUCGAGGCUAUUGCAAUACCCAAGGCACGUGGCCGCGCUACCAUGACCCGCGAGGAGCGGAUGCAGAAGAUCCAGGAGGAUCAGGCACGGCAGGCUUAUUUACGGGAGCAACGAGAGGCGAACACUAAUAUGCUGAAAGAGCUUGAGUCGGUGAUCAACCUGAGACCGCGGAGGUCAGGCAUUGCCGGCGGAAGAGUAACCAGUCUUUGA